CCUAACCAAAACACGGCGCUGCGCGCUGCGGUUGGUUACAGGGAGCCGCGCGCCGAUUGGCCGCCCGCUCCUCGUUUGUCACGCUGUCAAUCCGCAUCACAUGGUCCGGCCACUAGGCCUAUUAACAGAUGAGCUUGGCGAACAAGUUUACAGACUUCUGUUCCAGAGCCGUGGGGGACGGAGCAGCUUUGAGCGGAGAGAAACCAGAAGCACCUGCAGACACAUUCGCCUCUUUGGGCAGAACUUUUUUCCCCCCCCCAUCAUCUUAUGAGAUUGGCCAGCGCCUCUACCUCUUUGACUUUUGGCGCUGUUCUGUGAACUUUUUUUUUCUUUCUUUUUCUUUUUUUUCCCUUCUUUUCUUCAUGUGCCUGUGAGCGAACACUAAAAGCCGCCUGAAUGUAUAACAUGAUGGAAACCGAGCUCAAAACCCCGCUCCCGCAGUCCAACUCGGGCUCGGCGCCGGGCGCGAAGAACAACAGUGCCAGCGACCAGGAGCGGGUGAAGCGGCCGAUGAACGCCUUCAUGGUCUGGUCCCGGGGACAGCGGAGGAAGAUGGCUCAAGAGAAUCCCAAAAUGCACAACUCCGAGAUCAGCAAGCGGCUCGGCGCCGACUGGAAACUUCUGACCGACGCUGAAAAGAGGCCGUUCAUCGACGAGGCCAAGCGUCUGCGCGCUAUGCACAUGAAGGAGCAUCCGGAUUAUAAAUACCGUCCCCGCAGGAAGACCAAGACCUUGCUCAAGAAAGACAAGUAUUCUUUGCCCGGGGGACUGUUGCCGCCGGGGGCCAAUGCCGUCAACAACUCGGUGUCGGUGGGGCAGCGGAUGGACGGUUAUGCGCACAUGAACGGGUGGACGAACAGUGCGUACUCCCUCAUGCAGGACCAGUUGGCUUACCCUCAGCAUCACAGCAUGAACAGCCCUCAGAUCCAGCAGAUGCACCGGUACGAGAUGGCGGGGCUCCAGUACCCGAUGAUGUCCUCGGCGCAGACCUACAUGAACGCGGCUUCCACGUACAGCAUGUCCCCAGCGUACACGCAGCAGACCACCAACGCCAUGGGGCUGAGCUCCAUGGCGUCCGUGUGCAAGACCGAGCCGAGCUCGCCGCCGCCGGCCAUCACGUCCCACUCUCAGCGGGCGUGUUUGGGGGACCUGAGGGAUAUGAUAAGCAUGUACCUGCCUCCCGGCGGGGACAGCGCGGAGCAUUCCUCCCUGCAGAGCAGCCGGUUACACAGCGUCCACCCGCACUAUCAGACCGCAGGGACUGGCGUCAAUGGGACGCUACCUCUCACCCACAUCUGAGAGCAGCAGAAAAGAAAAGACUUCAAACUUAAAAAAGAAAAAAAAAAGAAAAAAAAAAGUACUUCGGAUACUUGAACUUUUUUGGUUGCUAAAGAAACAACUUUCUCUCAACACCUUUUGAGUUGUCCGUUUUCAAUGCAUUUGAAAUGGAUCGAAACUGAACGUUGAGCCCAUCAGAGUAACUCGCAUUGCAAAGAGGCUUUUUAUCACAAGUAUAAGCAAUCAACAUAUGUAGAAGAAUUGGACUUCUAUAUUUUAAAUAAUGCCAUAUUUUCUCUCUAUGAAAAGGCAUGUGGCCUCAUUAAGAGGCUGGUGUAUUUCAGAAAAGCUGGAUGGAAAGUUGGUACAUAAAUGUUUACACUUAAUUUGUAGAAUGUCAGUUGUCUCGACUGUGUCCAAAUUUUUGUAGUCUCCCCCCCCCCCCUCAUGACCUAGGUUUAAAAUGAAAUGUUAAGACUGUGCGGGUCGCAAACGCAGGUUUUAUUUAUAGUAACAUUUUUUUUCUUUCUUUUUAGCUUGUGAACCCGAUGUCUUGUCCCGUGAAAAAUGUUCAAAUUUGUUUUUGUAAAAUGUUCUGUUCUGUGAUGGUUUUGACAGUGUCAUGUUUACUCAUUAUCCUGAACGAAAAGGUUUAUUUAAACUGACGUUUCUACAUAUUUGAAGACCAUCCUCUAUUCUUAAAUGCUGAAUA